AUGACAAAGUCGAACCAUGGCAUCGCCGCGUCGAGGCGCAAGUCUCGCAAACUACAUUUCGGAGCCCCUUCCAGCAUCCGUCGAACAAUCAUGAGCGCCCCCCUCAGCAAAGAAUUAAGAGAAAAGCACAAUGUCCGCUCUAUCCCCAUUCGCAAAGACGACGAAGUCACCAUCGUUCGAGGCUCCAACAAAGGCCGCGAAGGCAAAGUCACCUCCGUCUAUCGUCUGAAAUACCUCAUCCACAUCGAGCGAGUCUCACGGGAGAAGUCCAACGGUCAAUCAGUGCCCAUCGGCGUCCACCCCUCAAAGGUUGUCGUAACGAAGCUGAAGCUCGAUAAGGACCGGGAGAAGAUUCUUGAGAGGAUUGGCAAGGGCAGAGAGGCCAUCAAAUCAAAAUUGUCGAAGGAGUAG